AUGUUUGGCUCUCGAUUUUAUAUCACCCUCAGAAGUUUGUUGCUGUUUUCAUUGCUCGGCGCCAUCACAAGUGCUCAGAUCACACUCACGGGCUGCCACAUCAAGGAGGGACAAGAAGUAUGUUUCUUUCCAGGUGGAGCGGAGACCACAAUUAGCAGCAGCAGCACUGUUACUCCAACUUUAACUCCAACACCAACUCUAACUCCAACUCCAACUUCCCCAGCUUCAGUGACUGCAAAGACAACUGGAAGUGCGCAGACUACUGCCAUUACUGACUGCCACCAACAUGAUACUACUCAGUAUUGUGUCAAAGGCAACGGGGAAGAGGUACAGGUAUUAGCCACUGCCACUGGUAAUGAAGCUCUACCUACCGCUUACAAUGGCUGCCAUUCUCACGGCUCUACCAUGUUCUGCUUGAGACCCGAUGGUGCUGAAGUUGAGGUUUUGGGUUCUACUGAAGAGGCUGGUUCUACUGGAGAGGAGAGUACUGCGGAAUCGUCCGAGGGUGGAGAGAACUGCCACUUCCACGCUGGUGUCGAACAUUGCGUUGGCGGUUCGGCUACGGCAACCUGCGAGCGAAAAGAUCGUGAUUACAAUGUUAAACUCCGCAUUGGAUUAUUGUUUGUCAUCCUUUUUACAAGCGCAAUUGGUGUCUAUGCUCCAAUUGUGAUAGCACGAGUUCUAAAAACCAAUGGGACUGGGAUCGUUUUCACCAUUGUUAAGCAAUUUGGUACUGGUGUUAUCAUUGCCACUGCCUUGGUCCAUCUUGCGACUCACGCUUCAUUGAUGUUUGGUAACAGUUGUCUCGGUGAAUUGAAAUAUGAAGCAACCACGACCGCCAUCAUGAUGGCAGGUGCAUUCAUCGCAUUCCUGAUCGACUUCACCGGUCAUCGACUCGCACAUUGGCGCCAACAAUCCACCAUAGAAAGACAAGCCGCCAGUAUCAGCUCCUACGACAACGCACGUGAAGAAACAGCAGUAAAAGGUCAACCUACACCUACCCUCGCACACCUAAGCCACCACCACGAUAACAACAACCUUGGAACCCCCCACGCAAAUGAUGGUCUCAGUAUCUUCAUCCUUGAAGCUGGGAUCAUCUUCCACUCCCUUCUUAUCGGUAUUACAUUAGUAGUAGCAGGCGACUCCGUCUUCAUCACGCUCUUCGUCGUCAUCGUCUUCCAUCAAAUGUUCGAAGGACUAGCUCUUGGCGCCCGCAUCGCUGUAAUUGAUGGUCUUCACACGACCAAGUAUAUCAUUCUCCCAAUGGCUUUUACGCUCGUUACUCCAACUGGAAUGGCGAUUGGUAUCGGGGUUAUUAAUCAGUUUAAUGGUAAUGAUCCGUCUACUAUCGUUGCUCUUGGAACUUUGGAUGCCCUUUCUGCUGGUAUUCUUACCUGGAUUGGAUUCGUUAAUAUGUGGGCUCAUGAUUGGAUGUAUGGAGAGUUGAGAGAUGCUGGGUUGAUUAAGACUUUAGUAGCUUUGAUUAGUCUAAUGGCUGGUAUGGCGUUGAUGGGACUUCUUGGGAAAUGGGCAUGA